AUGCAACUUGACAGUGCAGAUACCCUCACGGGCAAGACCAUCACUCUUGAGGUCGAGUCUUCGGACACGAUCGACAAUGUCAAGAGCAAGAUCCAGGACAAGGAAGGCAUCCCGCCCGACCAGCAGCGCCUGAUCUUUGCCGGCAAGCAGCUCGAGGAUGGCCGCACCCUCUCCGACUACAACAUCCAGAAGGAGUCGACACUCCACCUGGUCCUCCGCCUCCGCGGUGGCAUCAUUGAGCCCUCGCUGAAGGCGUUGGCCUCCAAGUUCAACUGCGACAAGCAGAUCUGCCGCAAGUGCUACGCCCGCCUCCCGCCCCGUGCCACGAACUGCCGCAAGCGGAAGUGUGGACACACUAACCAGCUCCGCCCCAAGAAGAAGCUCAAAUAGACGGUUUCGCUCUCUCUUGGUCGUCAUGGACUCUGGCGUCAUUGGGUUCCGGGCAUGUGUGGCUUUGGGUUGAGAAAAUCGGCUUCGAGGGGGUUUAUGAUGGCAAUUGCGGCUGUGGGCUCUGUAUACAACCAACCAUAGCUUCCAAAGAAUGACUCCUGGCUAUCUCACUAUUAUCUAACUGUUUCUGACGGAGUAUGGGGGCAAGUAGGUCACCUCAGUCGUGCAACGUGAUGUGGUCCGCCAGCAAUUCUCCAUUUUAUUCGUUCAACAAACAAUUGACCAUUUAACGGAAUGUAGCACGUGACUUGCAGGUGCAGAUGGAGGGGGGGUGGAAUUCGCAUCCUGUUGGGUGGAUGUCAGACGAGGCCCGGGGUAGAUCUAGUGUAGAGCUGCAGAUGGGUCUUCCCGAAACGAUCUUGGACGGAUCCCUACACG